AUGCUUCUCCCACCUAUCGAAAUCUUAGUCAAAUGGCCGGAACCAAAUUAUGAAAACCCGGACCGACAGGCCUAUUUUUUGGCCCCCUUAACUAUAGUCAUGAUGGUAAUAUGUGCUAUUGUGGUUUUACUAAGGCUCUAUGUCAGAGCCUUUAUACUUAAAGCCUUCAAAGCUGAUGACUGGCUCAUCAUCGCGGCAACAAUCACAGCAAUGGCAGUCAGUGUCACCUGUAUCCUCUCCGAGCCUGCUGGUGUCGGGAUGCAUAUUUGGGACCUUAGGCAAGAGCAGGUUAAGAUGGUUCGGAUAUGGUCUUUUGCCACCCAACUGACAUUCACCUGGGCGGUCAGCCUGACCAAACUUUCCAUCUUACUCUUUUACCUGAGAUUCUGUACGACCAAGGCUUUCAAGAUAUCUAUAUAUUGCACAAUCGCUUUCCUCGUCGCGUGGACUAUCAACUGGACAUUUUUGGUUACUUUCCAGUGUGUGCCCGUCGAGGCUUACUGGAGGCUACCGAAGAGUGGUGACUUUUGCAUUCCCCUUCAGAAUGAAAUGCAUCUGUUGCAUGGGAGUACCAACCUCGUAACCGAUAUACUGGUGCUGCUGCUCCCCGUACCGACUGUAUGGAGUUUGCAGAUGCCAAUGAGACAGAAGCUCACCCUGAUUGGGGUCUUUACCUUGGGCAUUAUUGCUCCACUGUCAGCUAUCCUCCGUCUCAUCUACAUUGAGAAGGCUACCGUCUCUUGGGAUCAAAGUUGGUGGUGCCUCGAACUAUGGAUAUAUACUUCUCUCGAAACCCACGUUGGAAUCGUCUGCGCUUCGAUCCCGUCACUAAAACCUCUUGCAAUCAAAAUCUUCCCGCGCUUUGCCAGCUCUCAAGGGUUGACUGAGAACCUUACACCCAUGGGUAUCAAUAGCCCGGGUGGUGGUCCCAGCUUGCGUCGCCCAUCCCACUCAAGAGCUCAAGGUGGUGGUAGCAGGGUUAGAAGUCUAUACCCACUUAGUGUCAUCGCUAAGGAUGGGAGAGGUGAAAGUCAAGAAAGCAUCGUUGGAGGCAUCGUGGUGGGCAGGGAAAGUCUAGACCCUAUCACCAGUUUUUCUUCCAGCAGCACACCGCCUCGAGUCCCACCUAAAGACGGGACAAUCGUAAAGACAACAGAAAUAAUUGGAAAUGUCACAAUGUGGGAUGGUAAAACAUAUGGAGAUGAUCGAAAUGUUUAA